AUGAUCAUUCAAAUCUGGCAACAACCAGAUCUCGCUAGCCAAGUCCGCCGCUAUUUUCUCUCAUGGAACUGUUCUGAGAUAAGGUUCGAGAACAACAACCGACUUGGGGACGAAUUCAAUGGAUUUGUUGACCGCGUGCUCGACGAGAUCUUCGAGCCCGAGGAACAAGCAUGCCGAUCGAAAUGGCGAAUUCAUCUACAAAGACGAUGCGAAGAAGCUUGGAAGGGGCUCCUGCUCGUUCGCCUGACGCAUCUGCAAACCCUCGAGAUCGUUUCUCUAUACACAGAAGGCUUAGUGCCGGAUAUUCUUCGCAAGGCGGCGCACCGACAGCGUCCCUUUCACGAGGCACCUCCCUUUCCUUGUCUGCGAAACAUUCGAGCGAGUCCUGGGCUUAUGGAGCCAGCUAUCGGUUCCCGUUUCAUCCUGCCCUUCUUUUAUUUCCCGGCCGUGCGCAUCAUUGAAGGGGUGCAUUACAGGUGGAUGCGUUACCACCACACUGUGUGCGGGUUGGAGAUCGACGCGACAUACAGGAAGUCGAUACUGGAGACACUUCUUCUGCCCGUGAACCACUCUUCCCGUCCAGUUCGCAAGAUUGUACUCCAGACAUGUCAUCGUAACCGUGACAUCCUUGGCUGGCUCAAAGCAUGCACACAGCUGGAGCACGUGGAUAUCCUACUCGUUCGGUCCGGAGGCGAGUGGUACCCAGACGACCCGUAUACCUUCAGCGCCCCAGAACUCCGACAAGCGCUACUACCAUCCCAAACAACUCUCCGGACACUUCACGUGGGCGCUAUAGAUAUGAACAGUGCCGCACGAGAGAUGAUCGAUUCCAGCGGACCAAUGGUAUCGUUGAAAGAAUUUACAGUCCUUGAGGAUCUUGCAAUACGACAUGCCCAUCUCUUGAGACCAUCACCAUCACCAUCACCCUCUUCCGCAACACUUGGAGUCAGAGACCAGCAGCAGCUAUGUGACAUACUUCCUACCACGAUCCGAAGCUUGGGGAUUAGAGAUAUUGUGAAGGAUGAUUUUCCCGGUCUGCUGCUGGAGCUUUUGGGACUGGUGCGGCAGCAGACUUCUUCUUGUCCUCCUUUUCAUCAGCUUGAAAGAAUCCAGCUCUAUUCCUACCCUGCGAUCACUGAUGAGUACUCACUCAAUCUAUUGCUACAUGCCUGUGAGACCGCUGGUAUUGUCUUGACUGUUAAGGUGACUCGUUGGUAG